UUAGGCUUAUUAGCACUUAAUAUUUUCUCGUAGGCAUGGUUAUUCUAACCAGUCAAGCAGCCUGGGCACUCCAAAACAACACAGCACUUUUCAGCAGUGAUAGCAAAUAAAUGCUAGAAAGAGCUGCAUUGCAGAAAACAUUUGUUUUGCCACUGGGGAUGAGCUGGCAGAAGAAACACAGUGAGUUGACCCUGUCUGGAGUCCAGGUGCUCUCCAAAGCUGCUCUAUCACUCCCCUCCUCAGCUGCGCAGGGGAGAGGAAAUAUAAUGAAAGGCUCAGCAGCUCUUUCCCUCCUAAGUGUAGGGAGAGAAGACUCAUCAGUUGAUUUUACAGACAAACAGGAUAGGAAUGGAGUUUAUGGUCAGUUCAUCACUCAUUGUCUGCUGCUGUUUCCUCCAGAAGGGGAGGACUCUUCACACUCUUCCUCUUCUCCAGUAUGGGGUCCCUCCAACAGGAAACAGUCUUCCAUGAACUUCUCCAAUGUGAGUACUUCCCAUGGACUACAGUUCUUUAGAAACUGUUCCACUUGGGAACCUUUGAUGUGGUUCAGUCCUUCAGGAACAGAUUGUAUAGGCCCCCACAGGGUCACAGGUCCUGCCAGCAAACCUGCUCCAGCCAGGGCUCCUCUACGUGGGACCAUACAACCUGCCAGGAGCCUGGUAAAGCACAGGGUCACAGCCUCCUUUGGGUACAUCCACCUGCUCCGGUGUGGGGUCCUCCGUGGGCUGCAUGUGGAUAUCUGUUCCAUCAUGGAUGUCUAUGGACUGCUGGGGCUACUGGUUCUCUGACCUCAGUUAUCUCAGCUUACGCAGGCAAUGUUGAAAAUAAACAAAAACAGAAAA